AUGGCAGACGUCAGUGAAAUCAUCAAAGCCCUCGGAGAAUUUGGCCGCUUCCAGCACUGGUUGCUGGUGUGGGUCACCCUGAGCUCGGUUAGCAUUGCUUUUCAUAUGUUCGGUCAGUUGUUCAUGGUGGCUCAGGAACUCCACUAUUGCAAUACCGAUUGGUUCAUCAGCCUCGGCUUGAAUCUGACAGAAGAAGAACGGCUGAACCUCACCCUCCCCACAAAGGUGGAUGGGACCUUUGAGGAAUGUUUCAUGUACGCUCCAGUGGAAUGGGAUCUCGACACCAUCGUACGACACGGGCUUAACGUUACUGAGAAGUGCCGGAACGGGUGGGUGUAUCCUUCUAAAAAGGAUCCAUCGUUGCUCACACAGUUUGACUUGGUAUGCGACAGGAGGGAUUUGAAGAACAUCUCACAAUCCAUUUACAUGCUUGGACUCCUUGUGGGAUCAAUGGUGUUUGGCCCUUUAAGUGACCGGUUUGGACGGCGACCGAUUAUUUUGCUGUGCAUGCUCCUCGAAGGCACGUCUGGGGUCGCGACGGCUUUUGUUCCGAACAUCUACCUCUACAGCGCAUUUCGCUUUCUAGUGGGCGGUGCGAUUUCAGGGAUCGGCAUCAGCCUUCUAGCUUUGGGGGCCGAAUGGGUUGGGAUUUCGCAUCGUCCGUUCAUGGUAAUCAUCAACCAUGCGGCCUUUUCUGUCGGACAGAUGAUUCUGGCGGGCCUGGCUUAUGCCGUUCGGGACUGGAAGUUUCUUCAGGUUUCCAUUUCCACCCCAAUCUUCACUCUGUGUUUUUUUCUGUGGACCCUUCCUGAAUCUGCACGGUGGCUUGUUACAAAAGGGAAAGUAGAAGAAGCUAAAAUCCUCCUUCAAAAGGCAGCUGCCGUGAAUAAACGAACCCUCUCGCCAGAACUGCUAGAUCAGCUGAAGCCUGAAAAGAAGAACGAAUCUGAAAGUAUUCUGGAACUUUUUGGAAAUCCCCACCUUCGGAAGCGGGUCCUUGUUAUGUCUUCCAUCUGGUUUGCAAACAGUUUGGCUUACUACGGAUUAAGCCUGAACGUGGGUAGUUUUGGUUUAGAUAUCUAUCUGGCACAGUUUGUCUUUGGAGCUGCUGAACUACCAGGUCGUAUCGCCACUCUCCUCCUGGUUCAGUGGCUGGGGAGAAGGAAGUGUCAGGCUUUCUGCUUGCUCCUGGGCGGAGUGGCUUGCCUUCUUAUCACUGUCAUUCCGAAAGACUUGCCUGUGAUAACAACCGUGUUGGCCAUCAUUGGGAAGUUCACCAUUUCGAGUUCCUUCACGGUGUCCUUUGUGUAUUCUGCAGAGUUAUUCCCUACAGUUGUUCGGCAGACUGGAAUUGGCCUGUGUCAAAUGGCAGCCAGAUUGGGCGGCAUCAUCUCCCCACUGGCUCACCUCCUGGAGAAGCACCACGCCAGCUUCCCGAUCUUGAUGUUUGCAAGCACAGCCGUAGUUGGCGGGACCCUUUCCUUCCUUCUGCCCGAGACCCGUGGCCUGGAGCUUCCCGACCACAUCGAAGAUGUUGUGGCCAAAUCGAAUGGGCCUAGGAAAACAGUCAGCAGGAACUUGGAAAAUGGAUGCUUAAACCAAAAGGAAGACAAUCAUCUUAGCGAACGGGCAAAGACCACUUAUUUAUAAGCUGGCAUCACAAAAAUGCCCCAUGAAAAAGAGUCAAGAGAUUAAUUGGUGGAGUCUACCCCUCCGCGGUGAGCAGAAUUUGAAACAGACAAUGAAUUAAGUACUUCAGCUGCUUUUAAACAAAAUCCAGUUACUCAUUUUCAAGAAAACCAACUCUACCCACAGUCCCUUAUUUUGGUGUAAAGUACCUGAAUGCAUUAUGAACACAUGCAUUAAAGUCAACUGUCAUGUUUAAAAUAAUGGAUUUGGGUUAUGCUUACUGCAGAAUACAUAGCUGCAAUGCUGAUGUAUUCAGACCAUAUCUCUGCAAGUAAGUCCCAACGAAACAGUAAGAGCUUACGUCUGGGAACAAGGAAAGGUGGUUGCUUAAACCUAGUUAGACAGCUGCCCAGUACCAAUUAGCCAGGAUGGUGAUAUCAUCCGUUGCACAAAUGACAUCACAUACCCCGUCCUUCCUUGUUCCUUUGUCCUUAGCUGGAAGCGUCAUCUAGCUUGAGGACUGAAGAAGUGGAAUUUCUCCCAACAGUAAUAUGUAUUUGCGAGAGGUCUUUGUUGAACCGCAAAUAUUUCAAGGUGGAAUUGAAUGGACAAAUUAAGAAUCAUGUUUACCGAAAACCCUGCUCCUCACAGAGAUGGAAACAGUGACAAUUAUUUGCC